AUGAACAAGAUAAUCUUCCUUCUUAUCCUCUCUCUCGUCCUCCUCCCUCUUCACGUAAUUGUGGUGGUGGCGCUCGUCAGCUGGACUCCCAUUAAACACGUUAAGGAUCCUCACAUCUUACAUAUUGGCGAAGUCGCAGUCUCUAUGUACGACAAACAAACCAAAUCGGGACUGAAGUUCAUGAAAGUUGUUCGCGGUGAGUCACAGGUAGUCUCUCGUGUAAAUUACCGGCUACUAGUGGCGGCUAAUAUUGAGGACGACGGCCAGUGCAAAAACUACGUGGCGGUAGUAUUGGAGAAGCCGUGGCUGAAAUCAAUGAAUCUCACUUCCUUCAAGCCAGUCAUUAUGAAUUAG